AUGGGCAACAGCUCGAGUAAAGAGCGCCGGGCUGGUCAACCCAGCAAUGCCAGGCAUGCGAGCGAACGGCCAGCGGCGCCGGAGCAAUCUGCUCCAGCACCACAGGCGCCCGCGGAGCGUCUUAUCACGGAGAUAUACAGCUCACGGACAGGAAGGGGCAGCAGACCCGAUCUGCCUUUCUUGAGCCUGGGUCGAGAUCGCGGCGAGGCGCCUGCCGCCCCGGAACGGCCACGAGAGACGAAGCAAGAGAGGGAGGCACGGAAAGUGGAGAAGGAGAGACAAGCACGGUUGAAGGAGCGGGAGCGGAGUAUCAAGGAGGAGGGCGUUGAUGGUGGAUAUCUGGUGACAUUGGGCACGUAUACUGGGCCGGAGGACUUUAAUAAAGGGGUUGUACGGCAGCUGCAGAUUGAGCGACGAUUGGCGCCGUUUUGGAAAGGUCUGAAUGACCAUUCGGAAUCAUGGACAGAAGCUCAGCUAGUCGCGGCCGCUCGAGGCCUUCCUAUCCCGCCAGCUGAUGAGGUCCCACCCGAAAUGGCGAGGACCGGAUCACAGGCUUCAAUAAGCCCGCAGGCGUCCGAUACCAACAUCAACCGACUUACAGUCCCGAUCUCAUCACGAUCUCAAUCAUACGAGUCUGGCACAUCAGCGCGCUUGUCAGCAUCACAUCCCGCCUUUUCCAAUUCCGGACCUGCGACACCGACAAGCCCUUCACAGUCUACCGCUCAGCUGUUUCGCGGCCGUGCUAAGACACUUGCAUCCCUCGCUACAGGGUCGAAGAGCCACUCACCAGAUCUUACACCGCAAGAAAUGAGGCUGCCGAAAGAUCCAUUCGUUAACGGCCAACCGAUUGAGGCGUAUCUCUAUAAGGACGCUUCAGAAUGUCCGAUCUGCUUCAUGUACUAUCCACCAUACCUCAACAAGACCCGGUGCUGCGAUCAACCGAUUUGCUCCGAAUGCUUCGUGCAGAUCAAGAGACCUGAUCCUCACCCCCCAGAGCACGAGCAGCCUGGACAGGAGCGGCCGCCGGAAGAAGAAGCUGAGAUGCUCGUUUCCGAGGUCGCAUCAUGUCCGUUCUGCGUCACACCAGAGUUUGGCGUGAGCUACGAUCCUCCACCCUUCCGCCGCGGCCUGACAUACCCCUCAAGUCACAGCAACCCGCUUAGGAAUCCCACUUCAGCUAUGUCGUCUUCUUCGUCUCUUGGAAUGCCACCUGGACGCCGAAGGGCGACAUCACUUUCGGCUAACGCGCCUCAAGUGAUCACGACCGAUAGGGUCCGUCCAGACUGGGCGAAGAAGCUUGCAGACGCGCGCGCACACGCUCUCCGCAGAUCUGCAGCAGCAACAGCACUCCAUAACGCAGCAUAUGUGCUUGGAAACCAGAAUGAUGUCCCUGGGCGUGGCAAUCUUCCGGGCUUUGGCAGGCGGCGCAGGACGCUGUUUGGCGACAGCCCGAGUGCUAGCGGAAGCGGGACACCGCGUGGUGCAGACGGCAUGCUCAUCUCGCCAUAUGGCCACCUCAUACGCGCGGGUAUGGCCAAUAGAGAAGAUGGGGACAGCAGUAGUGACAUCUAUCCUGCUCGUGGCAGCAGCUCUCGUCGGUCACGGGUCGAUGAUCUCGAGGAUCUCAUGAUGAUGGAAGCGAUCAGACUAUCACUGGCGGCGGAGGAGGAUCGUAAGAAGCAAGAAGAGAAGCACGCCAGGAAGGAUGCAAAGAAGCGAGCGAAGGACCAGAAGAAAGAAGCCAAGCAGGCCGAAAAACUGGCGAAGAAGAACGGUGGCAGCUCUGCUAGUCCUUACGCUGCUGGAAACUUCGACAACGACAGCGACAGCACCUUUGCGACCACGAGUAUGGCGCGGUCAACCAGUAACUUGGGCACUCUUCCGGAAGAGCAGGUGCAGGGGAAGGGCAAGGCACCCGCGCAGGACUUUGGAGGAUGGAAUCCGCUUUCCGAGCCUUCGUCAACUCUCAACACAGAGAUGAAGGAAUCACAUGAAGACUCGCUGGCACCUGCGCUAGCAGGCGAUGCCGCAACAACACCCAUUGAAGACUCUCAACGAUAUCUAGAGGAAUCUCGAGCGAACCUCCAGCCUGCCGCAUCGACACCAAUCCCCACUCCCGGCCCUCCGCGCAUAUCGCAGCACAUGCGCCAACUCUCCAACGCCUCGUCGAUCGCUUCUUCGAACGCCGACUCCCCUCCCAACAGCCUGCCAGCAACCUCCUCCGGUCUCGAUCUCUCCACAACACCGCAAGAUUCGCCCGCGCCGACACCCAGCCACGAACCGAUGCUCAACUUCCGCUCCCUCGCCGCCGUCAUCGGCAACGACGGCACCGAGAAUGACAGCGAGAAGACCGACGCCGAGAACGAGCACAUCGAGCACGCCCCUCCCACCGCUGCAGAAUCCGAGCUCAAAGAACCCAGCCCGACCGGCUCACCUCGCGUCACGGCUGUGGAAGGCAAUCGUAGUAGAGGCGAUAGCGGCGAAUCAAGCGGUAGUGCGCCGCCACCUAUCUAUGUGGAGGCGCCGGAAGCGCAGGGAGAUCAGAUCACGCCUGCACCGACUGUUGUGAGGCAUGGAGGGGACGAGAAGGUUGGGGAGGUGGGGAUGUGGGAUGGGAGGGUGCAUGAGGCUACGCAGUAG